AUGGCACUGAACCCACAAAUAACAAUACGUGCUGAGGACGAUUCCGGUGUCGCUAUACCUGGGACACAAGUAGAAGUAACAGAUGUAGCUGCCAGUACGUCGCAAAUUUAUACAGUAAGUGACAAUGAUGUAUGGGAUUCGAGUACAAGUACUUUCAUUUUCGAUCUACCAUCGAAUAAGGAAUACCAAUUCGAGAUCCUGAACACCCCGAGCGAAAAGGUAGCCUUCGAUGAGAUUAAUGGGGACUAUUUUCCCGAUAGCAAAACAACACUGACGGUUAGCGACGACAAGGCUAUCACAUUUGUAUAUGGCGAAGAAACGACGUGCCAGAUCGCCUACUUUGACACAGGCAAGACUUGUAUGGCUGGCUACGUGGAGCAUGGCUGGCAAAUUUGCUAUGGUAGCGACUGCACGCAGACUACCUGCUGUAAUCAGCGAACCUGUUUAUCAGAAACCGACGCUUCUUUUGGUUCCAUCUGUGAAGAAUACAGACCUAAGGCAGACUACAGUACCAUUACUUGUGGGGAGGGCACUGGUGCUGUCUGCAGCACUGAGCUGUGUUGCACGACUGAGAUCUUGUGCCAGCGCUCGCAACGCACAUUGCUGACCAAUGUUCCACCUCGGCUUCCAUUCUGA